AUGCCUAGUCUGGAUUCACAUUCUUCCAAGCCCAAUUUUAACUCGCUCACAUUAGUGAUUUGCAACAUACGUUUCUUGUUUCGUGACCUGAAUGAACGACUUGGAAAUCUUGGACGAAAACGACUAGAUUUUCUCGAAACUAACGAUCGCGUACGAUCUCUAAUCUACGAGGAAAUACCUACCAGAUAUAUGCAGUACACAAAACGUGACGGCGAACUGAAAACUAAGCUUAAAACGUUGGAAGAAUUGUUAAAGAAAUGUGAAGACGAAGUUGAGGAGGCUACAAAGCGAUGUAAGGAGAUUAAAAGUGGAUUUGAAGACAAGGAAAAAUAA